UGUCUAUGGAUGUCCGCCGGUUGACCUGUUCAACCUGCAGCCGUUCCAAACCAACUAAACAUUCUGAAGCUGCUUCUUGUCAAUAUUAACCGUAACAUAGCUAUAUGUUUUAUUAAGGUAUACCGUUACCGGUGGUUGUGUAGCACGUGAUCCGCCGUCGGGUAACGUUAUCUCAAACUGUAAUUUCUUAUCUCAAACAGCUUUAAUGGCUAACUUCCCUCUAACUUUAUAUCGACCUAGAGCGCCGCGGCGUGUGUAACGUUACUAGUGUGCCAAUACACAAGCCUUCAGCAGGCGAAGUAUUCUGCCUUCUAGUCCUUUCGUCAUGGCACUGGCUGGAGUGCGAGUUAUUGAGCUGGCAGGCCUGGCUCCAGCACCGUUCUGUGGCAUGAUCCUGGCAGACUUUGGAGCCAAGGUGAUUCGCGUGGACCGGAAUAAAGUCGGCAUGUCUUUGGACACACAAGCACGGGGCAAACGGUCUGUGGCCAUCAAUCUGAAGAUGGCAGAGGGUGUAGCCCUGCUCAGGAAGCUCUGUGUCCAGUCUGAUGUGGUCCUGGAGCCCUACCGUAAAGGUGUGAUGGAGAAGCUGGGCCUCGGGCCACAGGAGAUGUUAAAGGAAAACCCUCGUUUGAUCUACGCUCGGUUGACAGGGUACGGCCAGAGUGGAUCUUACGCCACCGCAGCUGGGCAUGACAUCAACUACCUCGCCAUUUCAGGCCUUUUAUCCCGGCUGGGUCGGAGUGGGGAGAAGCCCUACGCUCCGUUGAAUCUGAUGGCAGACUUUGCAGGUGGGGGUCUUACCUGUGCUCUGGGGAUAGUCCUAGCUCUGCUGGAAAGAACAACUUCUGGGAAAGGACAGAUCAUUGAUGCCAGCAUGGUAGAAGGAGCCGCAUAUGUAGGUUCUUUUGCAUGGAAAUCUCGUCGCAUCGGUAUGUGGGACAGUCCAAGAGGACAAAACAUGUUGGACAGUGGAGCUCCUUUCUACGAUACCUACGAGACUGCAGAUGGAAAGUACAUGGCGGUGGGAGCCAUUGAACCGCAGUUCUACAGACAGCUACUCACAGGCUUGGAGUUGGAUGCUGGAGAGUUGCCUCCUCAGAUGAGCUCGACUGAUUGGCCAGAGCUGAGACGGAUCUUCUCAAAGCGUUUUGCUUCAAAAACGCAGGCGGAUUGGUCAAGGAUUUUUGAUGGGACUGAUGCCUGUGUUACACCUGUGUUGUCCUUUGACGAGGUGAGCUCACACCCACAUAACCAGGAAAGAGCUUCAUUCAUAAAGGACUCCAACGGGGAAGAAAGCCCCCGGCCGGCCCCAGUUCUCUCUCGGACUCCAGCGGUGCCUUGCCUUGCUUCAGACCCUGUUAUUGGUGAACACACAGUUGAGGUCCUAAAUGAGUAUGGGUUUACGUCAGCAGACAUAGACCAAAUGCUUACAGCGGGGGUUGUAGAGUGUAAUGCUGUCAAAUCAAAGUUGUAGAGAUAUAAUUGAUAUCAGUGAUUGAUUCUGAGAAACGAAAAGCACAAUUGAGGGAUUUUUAGUCAAUCGUGCCAUUCAAAUCAUGUAUGCCACAGCUAUAUAAGUUUUAUUUCAACAAGGAAGUCAUAUUGAGAUUAUAACCUUUUUUGCAAGUGAGACCUAGCCAAGACAGGGUCAGAAAGCAGCAUCCAACACUAGGGGUGUCACGAUUUUGAUUUUAAAUUGAAAAUCAAUUGAAAUGAGCUUCCAAUUUCAAAAAUUUAAAUCAAAAGCGGGAUCAACAAUUCUCAUAGUAUUAUUUUUUCUCUUAACCUUGUCUCUUGUACUUUAACAUGACAACCAUUUAUUGCCUCUUUAAGAAUUUUAAAGCUAUAGUGCGUGGUUUCUGCUGCCCCCAUGAGGAAUUCCCCCAUGAGGAAAAGUAAUGUCAACCAAACUGUUGGCGCGUCCACAUGAUACAAGCUCUUCGGCACUCAUUUGGCAAUGGCUUGAAUGUAUCGGACUUUCAUUUCAAAAAGUUACGCAAAUAAAAUUAACUGGCAACUAAUUUGACAAUCCAUUUAGCAUUGUAUUAAUGGUUGAAAGAAAGAUAUCCCCCAUCUCUCUCCCACCUUUUCCAUCUAUCCACUGUCACUAUCAAAUAAAGGAAAAGCCCUAUAAUUCCAUUUUACAGACUGUUAUCUUUUUAAUAUCACAUCUUACAUAAAUGGUCUUACCCUUGUAAAACAAAGCCUUUUCCUUCAUCUUUAAAUAACACAGUUAACAGCUUUGUUCACCAGUGAUCUUUCACUUCAUAAAUGUACUAUCCCAUGAGCAGUUCAGUUUUACACCUCAAGGUACGUGAGGAAUGCCUGUGUGUGACUCCAAACAUCUGACUCUCACCAUGCCAGGCCAACUGACUAUAAGCAUGUAGCAUGAGAUUAGUGUAGGCUUCAAACACUGUUUGAUAUAUAUCAGAUUCAGCUGCUCUGAUGUUUCUGCAUUCAAUGAUACUUUCACAUGUGAACUAAUGUAUCACUAGCUGGUCUAUGUUGGGUACUACUACCCUAAAACCAGUUGAGCUUCUGUACAAAAAGGCGCUUAACACUCUGGAUAAAAAAACCUUUCUCUUAUCAUUGCAAUAUCUUAGAGAAACAUAACUUACUCCAUUUUGAUAGUUAUUGUAAAUUUUCCUCUUUGUGCGUAAUUUAUAAAGUACUUCAUGGCCUUGCGCCACCUCCACUGCUGGAGUUUAUUAAAUAUAGACACACAUUGGGGGUGGCAGUAGCUCAGUCCAUAGGGAGUUGGGUUGGGAACCGGAGGGUCACUGGUUCAAAUCCCCGUAUGGACCCAAAAAGUUGGGAGCGUGGAUUGGUGGCUGGAGAGAUGCCAGUUCACCUCCUGGGCACUGCUAGGUACCCUUGACCAAGGCACCGUACCCUCAGGGCGCUGGUUCAGCUGGUAGCCCACUCACUCUGACAUCUCUCCAUGUAUAGUGCAUGUAUAGGUCCUGAGCAUUUGUGUGUAUUUCAGGCCUGUGUGUGAGUACUAACAAAGAGUGUAGUGCAGUAAUUUCCCCAUUGGGGACUAAUAAACAAAUUAUCUUAUCACACAAGAGCCGUUGUAAACGGGGACU